AUGAAGAACUGCACUUGGCUUCUCAAUCUUCUUUCUGCGCAAAUAAUAUUGUUCUCUGGAGCCAUACUUGAAGUUAGGCCCGUGGCUGUGAAGGGCCUUCCACUUCGCACGGAUUCCCGAUGGAUUGUGGGCCAAGAUGGGCGGAGGGUGAAGCUGGCGUGUGUGAAUUGGGUUUCCCACUUGGAAGUUGCUGUGGCGGAAGGGCUGAGCAAAAAGCCCGUGGAUGAGAUUUCGAUGGGAAUAAAGUCCAUGGGCUUCAACUGCGUCAGGCUCACUUGGCCCAUACUUUUGGUCACCAACGACUCUCUGGCUUUUCUCACCGUUAGACGCUCCUUCCAGAGCCUUGGCCUCCUUGAAUCCAUCGCCGGUGUCCAAACCAACAACCCCUCCAUCAUCGACCUUCCCCUCAUCGAAGCUUUUCAGGCAAAUUAUUUUCAGUUUUUUAUUCGAUUAUUUACUUAA